CGUGAUAACAAUGUUGCACUGUGUACGUUGACGCCUAUAUAAGGUAGAACGCAAGCUGCAUCUCUGGUACAACUGCUAAAUGAUGUCGUUUGAUCUAGAGUCGGCUGAAAUGGAUCAAGUAGCUAGGUAUACGGAAAAUCUUAUAGAAGAAAUGACGCCAACACUCGAACUUGCCAGUUAUGCGGUGCCGUUUGACAUGCGAUGCCUUAAAUGCAACGAGCAUAUUCCGAAAGGUGCAACGUUUCCAGCGCGCGAAGUCGAUAGUUCUUGUGCUUUCAUGGAUGAGUUAACAACAUACUUUAAGUGUGUGCAUUGCAACAAUGAAAUUGUGGUCCGUUAUACUUUGUACGACGGAUGUAACGAUUCCCAAACAAAGCUCAUCAAAGGAGCCGUACAGGUUCUGCUGCCGGAACAGCAAACCAAACCGAAGGAAAGUGAACCUAGCUCAGAGAAAAGCUAAUGUAAACUACCCUCAGGUGUCAUCAUGGCAUUGUUUCUACAAGGCAAAAUUAAAUAACAAAUUAAGAGAAACAACGAUUUUACCUUAUGCCGUGCGACAACGUUGUAUUCAGUGGACGGGCCGCAUACGGGGGGCUGAUAAAAGCUUUGUUUCGAAACCGUG